AUGGCUAUUCAUUACGUCGAACCGAAUGGCUCUGCGCCUAGUGUCUCUAGGCAUAGUACCCCGGAGCCUGAUAUCCCAAAGCAAGAUGUCCACGAACAUACAGCUUCGGAAUCUAGUGUCACUGGGUCCAGUAGCUCGAAGCCUAGUACCCCAGAGCAGUCUGAUGCCAAGCCAACUGAGCUAGUUACAGUCAAGACAGUCGAGCCAGUCAAGGCGGCCAAUCCAGACAAGCCAGAGGAGGAAGAGAAGCCGGUAUACCUCCCACGUGCGGACCGAAUGAAUCAAACUCCAACCAAGGGAAAUGCACAGGGCCUUUUUCUUCCUGAUUGUUGUGUUUUUGUGGGAAACCUCUCUAUCAAGGUUUCUCUUGAAAAGUUGGAAGAAGAUCUUACAGACAUGAUCUCUACAUUUGGCCGGUGUCAUGUUAAGAUCAAACUAUCACAGGGGUUGAAGAAACUACCUGUUGCAUUUGUACAGUUUGAAGACAUCAAAGCAGCAAAUUCUGCAUUGAAACAAAAUGGAAAUCUGAUGCUUCAUAAUCGGAUGUUGAGAUUAGAAUCAUCUAGGGCUAGACGAACUGCCCACUUCGGUUAUCUCACUGACGAGCCCAUCGAUAAAUCAAUAAUCGUCGAUGCCUUGACGGGACUUGGUAGUCUCGAGGGCAUAAUUAUUGAAAACUACGUUAACCCACAAGGGGAGGAUACUACCUUUGGCGUUGUCACUUUCGCAUACCCUGACGAUUACGCAGAUGCCCUUCAGCAUUUUCAAAACCACCCCGAGUAUUAUAUGACCAGACCCACCAUGGACCCCAACGACAAUCAGCUUCCUCAGGAUUACCCUGCUCCAGGACACAGGCAUUCUAACCAGCCUCCCCCAACCCGUGGCAAUCAGCAGCGGUACAACAGUAGCCGCAGAUCGUUUCACCGUCCAUGGAACAGUGGCGGCAGCAACAAUAGAGGCGGAUUUCGAAAUGCUCCUGGUGCUGCCCCCAGACACCAAAACACACCCUUUGCAAAUCAUAAUCACAGUCAAAGCUUCAAUGGCCAAGGACAUUCAUCUCACGGUUCUUUCUCUCAGAACUACCCAGGUGGCAACGGUUUCCUUCAGAACAACUUCAACCAGGGUUAUCCCAACCCCAACUAUCAAAACUUCCCUGGCAACAACUUCCCCCUGAACUAUCAGGGCAACAACUUCCCGCCGAACUACCCCAAUCAAAACUUCGUAGCUCCGGGUGCCUUCCCCAAUUCCCCUGUCAUGUUUAACCAAGUUCCCAUUCAUGAAGGCCCUCCACCCCCGCCAUACCAUGCUGAUUACACUGCUAUGCCAGCCUCGGGAUUUCCUGUGUUCUUGAGCAAUCAACCAUACCAGCCUUCCAAUUGUCAUCCUCCAAUUGUCACUCAGCCUCAGCCACAGCCUGUUGCAGGUCCUGUUCCCGGCCGCCGGCGAUUGCCUCCUCGUCGGGACUGUCCCUUAAUUGUCUCCAGUCAGCCCCAGUUUGACACCGAACAUCACCGGCAACUCUACUACGAGCCCUACCCGGCUGACGACACCUUCGUGGGCAUGCAGCCAAGUUGGGUCGGCCACCCAGGAGGUACUUGUUUCGUGCAGCCUGAUUACAACCAGCCUUACCCGUCCAACGCAUAUCCUCGUAGUCGCCAUUCUAGCAUGGGAAGUCAGCAGAACAACAAUUCGCCGCCAAGAGUCAACGAAUCCGAAUCGGUAUUGACACAAACUAAAGUCCAGACCCCUGAGACUGACAGAGGUCGCCAACUAGUUCGGCCGCGCCACCCCAACACCGACGGAAGCUCCGACAUGGCUCCAGUGUCUGCUCCUGCUAAGACCCAGAGUGAGCCCGUCUCUAUGCAAGCUCUGGAUGGUUCACAGGAAAGACUUAGCACAGCAAAUGUGAGCAAGUCUACUGAAACUAAGAUUGAGCCCGCCGCGCUUGUGAAAGAGCCUCUUGAGUCUCAGAACAAACCCACUGAACCUGAGAAUGAGCCUAACCCGCCGCAAACCGAAUCCAGCUGUGCUCCAACUCCUGAUCAAAAGAAAGAAGAGUUGAUGGAUGAGACCAAGCCACCAUUGAGAAUUGACACCAAGAAUGAAGAAAGCGCUGGGUCUUCCUCUGAGGCUGGCCGCAAGACACCAGACACCGAUGAGUCUCGGGAAGGCGCUAAACUUCAGACUCCAGCUCAAGCCGACUCACUAAAAUCAGCCGAUACAAAGUCUCCUGGUACCACCGAAACUCUUAAGCCAGUCGAAAAGAGCACUCCAAGCAAAGGCAAGUCCCCGGAAAUGGCCACAGCCACGCCAACCAAGAGUGGUUGCAGAAGACUUGAGCCCGCAGUGCCAGACAACAAACACCUACUGGCCCGCCAUGCUUUCCAGCAUCGCAAACCCCUCAAGAAAAAGUACCAGCCUAAGACCGACACCGGCAAAACAAUUGAGCAGUACACCCGUGAGAUAAAUGCGCAGCGUGCCUCGAUUGAUCCUGACUCGCGCGUCCCUGAGCAUAUCCUGCAAGAAGUCAUCCAAGAGCUCGAGAAUGAGCGCAGAGAUGCUACACGGAAGAGCCUAGGUCUCGGUCCCACUGAUAAUAGCAGUGUCGGCAGUGGUACUUCUUUGAAGAAGUAG